AUGAGUGGCAAUCCAAUGGAACUCGUUCAAGGCACAGUUGCCAUUCUCAAAGCAAAAGGAGCUUUAAUAACACUCAAAACGAAUCAAGAACUCCCGGUUUUUAAUUCCGGCGAUGUUAAUUAUAAAACUUGGUCGGAUUAUGGAAAGAAAAUUUACAAGUAUCUUACUAGUAUUAACGACGAUGUAAGAUUAGAAAGUGCCAGAAGGAAAUUGGCACAAACUAUAUGGAGUGAUCAUUAUGAUAGAUAUUCACGUUGGCCUUUUGUAUCAACAGGCGAACAAAGUGAUACUAUUUAUUUGGAAGCUCACGAUAAACAUAGUUAUUAUGGUGAUACUAUUGUAUGGACAUGUCAAGGCUCAAUCACAGUUACAGAUAUACGCACUAGCAGUUCAGGAUACGAAACAAAAUUCAAGGGAAGGCCAGUUUUGAAAAUAUUGAUAGUAGAUUCUAAUAAAAUGAAAAUGUUGGAACAAACAGCUGGGAGUGAUAUGCAAAAUGCAAAAAGGAAAGUUGAUUCGGAAACUAAAAGAUUGACUUGGGACUAA